GAAUCACGAAUCGCGAAUGCGCGCAUAGUCUAUUCCCAGCAUAAGGCUGUAGGAGUAGAGAGUAAACUAUUUUUCGGUGAAGAAACGACGGGAGAGAGAAUAACAAAAUGGACAAUUCCCAUUUCGCAUUGCCUAUUGCCUUACUGUUAGCCAAUGAAAGACGUGUGUUAAAAAACGCGAAAUAAUUACUUGUAUAGACAAAAAUAAAAGAACUCCAAGAACCUUACUUAUACUCUAUACUGCCUACUCCUAUUGUAGACUAGCCAUAAGAUUUGCUCGUUUUUUUGUGCGAAUGUAGCGAUUAAGUUGUGUUUUGUGGUAAGUUUUAUCUGCACACGCAAUGGUAGAAUGUUAACAAUGCAACUGUAACUUUUUGAUGACAAGAACUUGCGGAAACCACCAGCAAUGUGUUUUCGAUUUGCAUGCGUCGUAAUAGUGCUGCUAUGAUUAAUCGUUAUCAAUCGACCGCUGUGGCUGGAGUAAAAGGAAAAUCCUCUUUCGAAACUGAUUCAUUGUCGUAUACCACACUUGCUCCAACUUGCUCCUAGUAGUGUCGAACGAAACAUGCGCAAAGGAACGUAAACAAACUGAAAUUGCGGGAAAAUAUGGAUUCCGAAGUCUUUUUCCAAGAGUACGCAAUAUCGGAGAAAACCGUGGCGAGACUCGAGUCUAUCAGAGAAGCGCUGAAAGAUAACAUUAUUCGGGCUAAUCCGAUGUGGAAACUGUUAGCGGGAGAGAACAAGGAAGAAAUGUGUUCAGAAGACGAAGACAACGAUGAAGAUGAUAAGUCGAACAAUAGCGAGUCUCAAUUGAUGUUCGACCAAUUAAUGCCGUCUACUCAGUUUUACUUCACACAAGUUGAAAGAAUAAUUGAAAAACCUAAAAGACCUGUUGACACAGUUAUGCAAAAGUGUGACAUUUUAGAGUCUGUUUGUGAGAAUUUAGAGCGAAAUAAUGGCCGAAUGAAUUUCGCACAAUUAGAAAAUCUGUCCAGUGACGAUUUUGUUUUACUGGUGGAUGAACUGACAAAAAAAUUAAGUCUUAAAGGCAUUUACAAUCUGUGUCAGUCCAUGAUGAACGACAUGACUGUCCAGCAGGAAAUGAAAUAUCUGAAUACGUUGUGCACACAUUUGCUGCUACCAAAGAUCAUGAGGUUCGCCUUGAGAUCUCGUCGAGGCCCGCACGUUCCCAUAGGUCAUGAUGCGAAAAAGUCACUGAAAAAGGAAAUAGAAAGAAGAAUAGAGGUGAUACCUAGAAUUCAAUAUGAACCACAACUCAUCAGUGAUUCUAGGUACAUCUUGACUCCAGGAGGUCAAGCUCCACCACAUUAUUACAGACUGAAAGCGGUCGAUGAUGUCAAGACCUUAGAAGCAGAAAUUACUAAGUAUGAUAAUUGUCUGAAGAGACAUCCUUCAGAAAAUCUAAGAGCAUAUCUACUUACUACACUUGCCACUCCACUAAAUGGAAGUGGUCAGCGUUUGAUUCACCAGUUCUGUGAUUUGUAUGAACAUGCAAGACAUGAUCCUACCGAAUUCGGCGAUGAGGAAUAUCAAGUAUACACUCGGCUGUAUUUGAAAUUGAUGGAUGCAGCACGUUUAUUGAAGUCCUAUCCAAAUAGCAGAAAGUCGAGUCCUAGUCGCACGCCAAUCAAGAAGACUGUGGAAACAAAAAGAAACAUUCUUGAGCCGAGGAUGCAUCCGCCUGAGGAACAAAUUUUGAGUGGCUCAAGACCCAAUACUUUAACCGUAAUGGCGCUAGAUAACAGCGAGACAUCGGUGUAGCAUUAUGAGUGUCGUCACAUACAACAUAUGUGACGAGGAAAUUUAUAGGUAGAUAAGACAAGAAAAAAUAAUUUCUAUGAAUGUGGAAUGUCUGAAUCGUUAGUAGUUUUACUUUCGUGAUAUGAACGAGAAGAAUAUUAAAAACUAUUUCGUACACGGCUAGACCGUACUGUAUAUAUUCAUAUACUAUAUGUAUGUAUUUAUUGUUCUCCAAAAGGUUACACAUUCAUCUCCAUUACAUCGUUCUCUUACAAUCUAAUAUUUAUAUACUAUAUAUUUAUAGUGUUUUGCAAGAUAAAACAAACCCUGAUAAAGUUCAUUACUGCGUUAAAAAAGACUGUAAAACUGUUAAAAUAUUGUCUGAUUGCGCGACACUAUGUAUAUACAAGUAUAUAUGUGUGUGUGUGUGCGCGCGCGCAUGAUUGUAACUUUAUAUAUCGCUUUAUGAAACAUAUGCACAUCAAAGUUUACAAUAACUUACUUAUUAUAGCUAUCAUAUAGUUAUAUUAGGAACUGUUUUUAUCGUGAUAUAUAUAAUAUUGUAAGUUAUUCAAAGAAUUUUUGUUUUAUUAUUUGAAAUUAAGACAUAUUGUUAAUGUAAGUUUUAUGUUUAGCCGGAAACAACUUGAAAUAUAGUCGAAACAUUUUGAGAUUUAUGAAUUCGAAUUUAUUUACAUUUAUAUAUCACAUAAAAUGUGUAAAUGCCAACAAUUUUAUUAACUGUUUCUGCCACGAUAGCUGUGACUGGGUGACAAGUGUGAUUUGAUGCUACUAUUUGAAAUUGAUAAGUCUAGAAUAUUUUUUUGCUCUUUUUUUAAAUCAUAUAAUUUCCGUUUGUCAACCAGAAUUAAUCAGCUCUCCAUGAACUACAAAUUUUCCAAUAUAUGUCUCACCUCUAUAAAUAGCUUUUAUAUAAAUAUAAAUACAGGUAUAUUAUAUUAAUUCUUUCUCUCUAAAUGAAAAUUUAUAUGCAUCGGGUAAACAUGAUUCUUACCUUCCUUGUUUUGAUAAUUUAUGAAUGAAACAAGUAUCGAGAUUUUUGAAUUCAAAACAUGGCUUUAUGCUCAUGAUUCCUAUCUUUGAUCUCAAUGUAUCUGUUGAUUACGUUAAUGUAUCUCUUGUUCUAUUGUUUUAUCAGAUAGUUCAAUUUUUGACAAAACAUUCCAAUAUCUUGCGUUUAUAAAUUAUCUUAUUAAAAUAUGAAUUAGAUU